CAGCGUGACCACGCGGCCCGGCAGUCGACUAACUGGUGAUACCUCCGAGACCGGCCACAGAUGGAGGACGGCGACAGACGACAGGGCGGCGCGCUCGGUGCCUGCCUGCUGACCACGCUGCUGCUGCUGCUGCUGGCGUCGGCCACCUCGGCCCUCAGCCUGCAGCGGGCGGUGCGCGAGGCCGGCGGCUCUGGUUGGGAGGAUCUGCAGGAGUGCGGCAUCGACAGCAUCUGCGCCUUCAGCGUCUAUGACCGCGACACGCUGGCCACCAAGCACUUCUACCCCCGGUGCCGAUGUCCACCGAACGCACCAUGUGUGGAGUUCUACGACAACAUUGCCACUGGGGUCAUCAACUGCAAAUGUACUGUUAUUGCAUGAGCCGACCUGAAGUGGGAGAGGGGUCUGCGGCAGUGGCAUCCACCCGCUGGACAAGACACCACGGCUUCGAUAAAAACUAACCAGCUACCUCGGCCCGCUUCCGUAGCAAAGCAUAUCAGUGUUGUGGAUCAACUGUGACCGUCGCAUUCCAAGCACAUUUCGGACAUGAAGCAAAAAAAGAAUGCGACGAAUCACUGCAUUGUACCUGUUAACUGCUCCAAGGUGCUAUUUAUUUUCAGCUUCAUCAUGAUUGGAGCGUCUGACUGAUGUUUAGGUGAUCCGUUCCUCACGGUAGCCAGAUCACUUUGUUGUUGUUUGACACUGCGUCACCAUCAUCACUGUAGAUUAGUUAUGAUUUAAGUGCGUCAGCUUCUCGCAUAUGUGCCGCCCUCUGUUACGUCCCAGAAAUGGCGGAUCCGAGCCAUGGUAACUGCUCAUUGUUCAGUAUUAGUGCUCGACGGAGGCGACUCGGCUCGACCAUUGUUUCUUAAUAAAACAACUUUCUAACCCGUGAGUGCGUGUAUCUGUACGCAUUUCAA